AUGCUGCCCCGGCUGCUGCUGGCGCUGUCCGUGUGGGCGGGGUCUUACCAGGCCGACUCCGCCCAGUCCGAACGCCGGAUUGUGACACACGUACCCGGUGACAUCAUCAUCGGAGCCCUGUUCUCCGUCCACCAUCAGCCGCCCGCCGACAAGGUCCAUGAGCGUAAGUGCGGCGCGGUGCGAGAGCAGUACGGCAUCCAGCGGGUGGAGGCCAUGUUGCACACGCUGGACCGCAUCAACGCCGACCCGCACAUCCUGCCCAACAUCUCGCUGGGCUGCGAGAUCCGGGACUCCUGCUGGCACUCGGCCGUGGCUCUGGAGCAGAGCAUCGAGUUCAUCCGCGACUCGCUGGUCUCCUCCGACGAGGCCGAGGAGAGGGCGGCAGGAGGAGGAGGAGCGACGAUGAAGUGCGCAGACCCCUCUGCUACUCCGAUGCAGGGGAAGAAACCCAUCGUGGGUUUAAUCGGACCGGGGUCGAGCUCGGUGGCCAUCCAGGUCCAGAACCUUCUGCAGCUGUUCAACAUACCACAGAUCGCCUACUCAGCCACCAGCAUGGACCUCAGCGACAAGAGUCUUUAUAAGUACUUCAUGCGCGUCGUGCCGUCGGACGCCCAGCAGGCCCGAGCCAUGGUGGACAUCGUGAAGAGAUACAACUGGAGCUACGUGUCUGCUAUCCACACUGAAGGCAACUACGGUGAGAGUGGGAUGGAGGCGUUCAAGGACAUGGCGGCAAAGGAGGGAAUCUGCAUCGCCCACUCUGGUAAGAUCUGGAGCAACGCCGGCGAGCAGAGCUUCGACCGGCUGCUGGAGCGUCUGCGCGCUCACCUGCCCAAAGCGCGCGUGGUGGCGUGUUUCUGCGAGGGCAUGACGGUGCGCAACAUCCUCAUGGCCAUGAGGCGCCAGGGGCUGGUGGGCGACUUCCUGCUCAUCGGCAGUGAUGGCUGGGCGGACCGCUACGACGUAACCGACGGUUACGUGCGGGAGGCGGCGGGCGGCAUCACCAUCAAGCUGCAGUCGGCCGACGUGAAGUGGUUCGACGAGUACUACCUCCGCCUGCGGCCGGAGAACAACCUGAGGAACCCGUGGUUCCCCGAGUUCUGGCAGCACCGGUUCCACUGCCGACUCAAAGGCCACCCGCAGGAGAACCUCAAGUUCAACCGCACCUGCAGCAAGCGAGAGUCUCUCCGGCAGCAGUACGCUCAGGACACCAAGAUGGGCUUCGUCAUCAACGCCAUCUACUCGAUGGCGUACGGCCUGCACAACAUGCAGCGGGCGCUGUGCCCGGGCUACCAGGGCCUGUGUGACGCCAUGCGGCCUGUAGAUGGCGCCACGCUGCUGGACUUCUUGAUGAAAACCAACUUCACCGGCGUGUCGGGGGAGGGGAUCCUAUUCGACGCUAACGGAGACUCACCUGGCAGGUACGAGAUCAUGAACUUCAAGAAGAUGGGGAAGGACUACUACGACUACGUCGUGGUCGGCAGCUGGGACAACCACGGCCUGAAGAUCGACGACCACGAGAUCUGGGCCAGCAGAGACGGCGUGAAGUCCAUCUGCAGCGAGCCGUGUGACAAGGGCCAGAUCAAGGUGAUCCGUAAAGGGGAGGUGAGCUGCUGCUGGACCUGCACGGCCUGCAAGGAGAACGAGAUCGUGUUCGACGAGUACACCUGCCAGGCCUGUGAACUGGGCUCCUGGCCGACCUUUGACCUCACAGACUGCGAGGCCAUCCCGGUGGAGUUCCUGCGGUGGGGCGACCCGGAGCCCAUCGCCGCCGUGGUGUUCGCCUGCCUCGGCCUGAUGUUCACGCUCUUCGUCACCGCGGUCUUCAUCAGGUUCCACGACACGCCGGUGGUGAAGUCCUCCAGCCGCGAGCUGUGCUUCAUCAUCCUGGUGGGCAUCAGCCUGGGCUACCUGUGCACCUUCAGCCUCAUCGCCAGGCCCCACGUGGUGCACUGCUACCUGCAGCGGCUGGGCAUCGGCCUGUCGCCCGCCAUGAGCUACGCGGCGCUCGUCACCAAGACCAAUCGGAUCGCUCGGAUCCUGGCCGGCAGCAAGAAGAAGAUCUGCACCAAGAAGCCUCGCUUCAUGUCGGCCUGCGCGCAGCUGCUCAUCGCCGCGCUGCUCAUCCUGCUGCAGCUCGGCAUCAUCGUGGCCCUCUUCCUCAUGGAGCCCCCCCAGGUGAUCCACGACUACCCGAGCAUCCGCCAGGUGAACCUGAUCUGCAACACCACCAACGUGGGCGUGGUGGCGCCGCUGGGCUACAACGGGCUGCUCAUCCUCAGCUGCACCUUCUACGCCUUCAAGACCCGUAACGUCCCGGCUAACUUCAACGAGGCGAAGUACAUCGCCUUCACGAUGUACACCACCUGCAUCAUCUGGCUCGCCUUCGUGCCGAUCUACUUCGGCUCGCACUACAAGAUCAUCACCAUGUGCUUCAGCGUCAGCCUGAGCGCCACGGUGGCCCUGGGCUGCAUGUUCGUGCCCAAGGUCUACAUCAUCCUGGCUAAGCCGGAGCGUAACGUCCGCAGCGCCUUCACCACCAGCUCCGCGGUCAGGAUGCACGUCGGAGACGGGAAGUCGUCCAGCAGCCGCUCCUCCAGCCUGGUGAACCUGUGGAGGAGGGGGCACGGGGCACGGGGGGGCACGGGGGACACGCUCAGCUCCAACGGUAAGUCGGUGUCGUGGGCCCAGACGGAGCGUAGCGGCUCUCGGGGAAACCACCUGUGGCAGCGUCUGUCCUUCCACAUCAAGAGGAAGGAGAGCAACCAGACGGCGGUCAUCAAGCCCUUCUCCAAGAGCCCGGAGGAGCGCGGCGGCCUGCCCCCCCACCUGCCUCUGCCCUCCAUGACCUCCAUGACCUCCAUGACCUCGCUCGCCAUCCACGCUGACAAGACCCCGUACGAGCUCCACGCGGCCGAGGAGCUCCACUCCGCCGCCUGCCGGCCGCCGUCCCCCGUCGUCUGCACGGUGAGCCGGAGGCCGGAGCCGGAGGAGCCGCCGAGCUACCCGGGCAGUGUCUGCAGCGGCGGCAGCGUUAGCGGCGGCAGUUGCGGUCCUCCCGGCGGCGGCGGCGCCUUCGUGGUGGCGAGCGACGGCCGCCUGGUGGUCGUGGACGGCCGCCCGGCGCCGCCGAGCUCCCUGAUGGACCAGAUCAGCUGCGUGGUGAACCGCUUCACCGCCAACAUCAGCGAGCUCAACAACAUGAUGCUGUACUCCUCGCCCACGCACAGCCACGCCACCCGCCGACCGUCGCCUCCCCGACCCGACGCCUCCCCACACCCCGCCGACCCGUACCUGCUGCCCCGUGACACCCUCACCACCUAUGCCGAGGUCCAGCCCCUCCCCCCCGUGGAGUCCACCGCGGGGGGGAGGGGCGGCGGCGGCUGCCUGGUCCACCCCCUCGUCCCUCUGCCGCCGCCCCCUCCUCACGCCCACCCCCCCUCCCCCCCCUCCCUGAUCGCCCGCCUCCACCGCUCCCCCCUCCGGCGGGGCGAGCCGGAGGAGGAGCUCAUCGCGUUGACUCCGCCCUCGCCUUUCCGCGACUCCCUGGCGUCCAGCGGCAGCGGCGGCGGCGGCGGCUCGCCCGUCUCGGAGAGGGAUCUGUGCCUCCCGCCGGCGCCCUCCCACCCGCCGCCCUCCCCCCCCUCGCCGAGGUACAGCCGGCUGACGCUCGGGAACUACAGCCAGAGUUCAUCCUCACUGUGAGGCGACGCGCAGAGGGAAGAGGAAAAAAUGCAGAUGUUUGUUAUGGGGCGGAGCUUAAAGAACAACGCGGGUCAGAAUGAGUGAGGAGGAGGAUGGAGAGAUGAAGGCCAUCCGCCCGCCGUGGCGGCGGUGUUUGUGUUUACAUGUCGACGUGAGGAGCUUCUCAAGAGGAGAGGAGGAGUCCUCGAGGUCGGGGGCGACGCCUCCUUUAGGUUUGGGGAGUGGCCUUAAGGUAACAUGGCUAUCAACUAAUUAGAGUGUGCGCGUGUGUGUGUGUGUGUGUGUGUGUUUGUGUGUGAGUGUGUGUGUGCGUUUGUUUUGGUUGUAUCUUAGUUUAUGAGAUGACAUUGAAGAGUACUG